UGGGGAAUUCAGAUGGGUGAGCACAUAAAGAUCCGUUUUUAUAAAGUUAAGGAUAUUGAGGCAAGACAAACAUAAAAAGGUGUGAAGCUUGAUUGGAAGAUUGAAGAAAGAGUUUAUCUCUAUGUUAAUGAAGUUGCAGGAGAUGAAUCUAAGCAAGGAUGAUAAAGAAGCAGAAAGAGUAAGACCAGACUGUGAUGUUCUGAAUAAUUCUUGUCCUAGAGUGAACCAGAAGUAGGGAAGCCUAGAAAGCAAGUGAUAGAAUACAAGUAAGUUCAAGCCGAAGAAGAAAGAAGCAGCAAUAGCUGAAGGAUAUCCGAGAGCAAACCCGGUUUGUUUCACCUAGACCCUUGACUCAGCUAGACUAGAAAAACCAGAACAAUGUUUACCAUCUAGUUAUUACUCGGGCCCAAUAUCUUGGUGGAUCAGGCCCAGUUCUAGUUACUUUCGGUUCUAAGAAAACCCUGGGAGGAUUUGUUUGCUUCUUGUCGUCCGUCUUCGUCACUUUAGACAUCUGAUUUCCGGUGUUUUGUCUCUCCCUCUCACUCGCGUUUAAACUCUUGCCUUGGCGCUGUCUCCGUGAGCUCUCUCUGCAACCAUGUCGACUAUUAUGCAGAAGAUCAAAGAAAUCGAAGAUGAGAUGGGUAGGACACAGAAGAAUAAAGCCACCGCGCAUCAUCUCGGUUUGUUAAAGGCGAAACUUGCUAAGCUACGAAGGGACCUUCUUGCACCGCCUACCAAAGGUGGUGGUGCUGCUACUGGCGAAGGUUUUGAUGUGACAAAAAGUGGAGAUUCUAGAGUUGGACUUGUUGGGUUUCCUUCCGUUGGCAAAUCUACCCUCUUGAACAAACUGACGGGAACGUUUUCUGAGGUUGCUUCUUAUGAGUUCACAACAUUGACAUGCAUUCCCGGUGUUAUUACGUACCGUGGAGCUAAAAUUCAGUUAUUAGAUCUUCCUGGUAUUAUCGAGGGUGCCAAGGACGGAAAAGGUAGAGGACGACAGGUUAUAAGUACUGCUAGGACUUGCAACUGCAUCUUAAUAGUUCUUGAUGCCAUAAAGCCAAUAACUCACAAACGUCUCAUUGAAAAAGAGCUCGAAGGAUUCGGAAUAAGGUUGAACAAGGAGCCACCUAACCUUACAUUCAGGAAAAAAGACAAAGGUGGUAUCAAUCUAACGUCUACAGUCACUUCGACACACCUUGACCUCGAUACUGUAAAGGCGAUUUGCAGUGAGUACAGGAUUCACAACGCUGACAUCACUCUGCGCUAUGAUGCCACGGCUGAUGACCUCAUAGAUGUCAUAGAGGGCAGUCGGAUCUAUAUGCCAUGUAUCUAUGCUGUCAACAAGAUCGAUCAGAUCACCCUCGAGGAACUUGAAAUUUUGGACAAACUUCCUCACUACUGUCCUAUUAGUGCGCAUCUGGAGUGGAAUCUUGAUGGUCUUCUCGAUAAGAUAUGGGAAUACUUGAAUCUAACCCGAAUCUACACGAAACCAAAGGCAAUGAAUCCGGAUUAUGAUGACCCUGUUAUCUUAUCUUCCAAGAAGCGGACUGUUGAGGACUUCUGCAUCCGGAUUCACAAAGACAUGCUUAAACAAUUCAAGUAUGCUUUGGUAUGGGGUUCGAGUGCCAAACACAAGCCACAGAGAGUUGGAAGGGAACACGAGCUUGAGGACGAGGAUGUUGUUCAGAUCGUUAAAAAGAUAUGAUUUAUCCAGUAGUUCAUGGAGAAGCUGAAAGACCAAAGUUAGCCAUAAUGAGCUCAUAUUACAUAGAAAGAAGGUUUGGUUUUCUCAGCAGCUUAUUUUCUUCUUCUUCUUGUACUCAUGUGUGUAUUAUUGUCUGGUCCUGACGAAAACUGUCUGCACCUUUUUGUCUUAUUGGAUAAAUAAAUCUUUUUUUUUUUGACGAUA